CACAUCAAAAAAUUUCCACCUUCCAAAUUCAUCAAUUCAUCACUUUCCAUUUUGAUCUCACAGUUCUCUUCCACAUCAAUGGCGUUGGAAUGGGUUGUUCUCGGCUACGCCGCCGGAGCCGAAGCCAUCAUGCUGCUUCUAUUAACGGUUCCGGGUCUUAACCCGCUUCGAAAAGGGCUAAUUUCCGUGACCCGGAAUCUCCUCAAGCCAUUUCUCUCCAUUGUUCCCUUUUGCCUCUUUCUCUUAAUGGAUAUCUACUGGAAAUACGAGACCCGACCCACUUGUGAAUCCGAAUCGUGUUCUCCAUCGGAGUACCUUCGUCAUCAGAAAUCAAUCAUGAAAUCGCAGCGUAAUGCGCUUCUAAUCGCCUGUGCGCUGGUGUUCUAUUGGUUAUUAUACUCUGUUACUGGCCUUGUUGUGAAAGUUGAACAGCUGAAUAAGCGGGUGGAGAAGAUGAAGGCUUCGGAUUGAUCCGAUUCGAUCUGAUUUUGAUGGAUCCGGGUAUGUGGGUUUUUUUGGGUUUUCGGGUCGGGUUGCUUUAUUUGGAUUUUAUUUUUGAGUUGUUGAUGUUAUAAGACAUGAAAAAGCUACUUUUACUAUCUAAUUUUUUGUUUAAAAGGUAUUGUGUGGUUCUUCGAUUUUUAUUAGUAUAUGUUGAUUUCUCAUAGCUUGACUAUUGUAUUGUUUUGUUACUAUAUUUUGUUUUUUGUA